GACGCGGCCGCGCGGCGCGGCAGGGAAUUGAAGAAGAAAGCUACACAGAUAAGUGACUGCUGAAUAGUGGGUUACUGUCCAAAAUGACUCUGUGUGUUUAGACAUACUGCAUGUGUUAGAAAGAUCACUGGAAAUUGACUCUACAUUGCCAAGUUAAGUUUGAGUCAGUGUUUUUGAAAAAAGACAUAGGUCUUUUAUAAAUUUUAGGUCAACUGUCUGGUUCUUUUGGUUGUUCUGCUAGUGUUAGCUAUGUGUUAUUACUCAUCUUUAUCAAGAGUUACCUGUGCAGGGGGUGUAAAAAUGUGACCAGUUUCUCAUGGGCCAUUUUUCUUGGAUUCUCCUAGUUAUGCCUAUCUCUUUUCAGGACAUCAAGUUAAAAUAGUUGGAGGUAAGUUUGUAAGUUUGGGGGUAGAAAGAUCAGAUCUGCCAUCUGAUUAUGUCUCUUUUCUCUCAGUAAAGUAGUAGACCAGAUGAUAUUUGCAGGAGUAGGGAGAGGAGGAGUUGGAGGUUUGAGAGAGUUAAAAAUAUUUCAAAAGGCUCUGUGAGGAGUAUAUAAGUAAGUUGGCCAGAAACUUUCUUCAGCCUAUUUGGAGGCCUUCAUGGAGAAAGUGGUUAAUUGAGUUCAUCUAGGAUUGGGGUUCUGUUAGAGGGGUGAUGUAGUAGUCCUUCUAGGCACACGUAUUCUGUUCUUUGUGGGUACAUGAUAAGGUUGUGCUCUUUGUACACUGCACCCCCCAUGCCCCUCCCCCUUUUAUCUUUUUGAAGUUAAAUGUAGCCAUAUGACUUGCUUUGUCCAGUAAAAUAUAAGCAGACAUGUGUCACUUGCAAGUGAAGCUUUAAGAAUGAGCACUUGAUUUGCCACUUCCUUUCCUCCCUUCCCUGCUCCAGCGAUCAUGGAAGCACUUGUUGAAAUGCAGCCUGUCAGCCUGGGCACUAAAGGAAUAUUGGAGUGGCUGAGGAAGCAAGCUGGCUGAACUCGAAGUUGUGAUCAGAGAAUGGAAUACUUGAGUUAGUAAUUUUGCAAGUUAGAACUGUAGGGAUAAGUGGAUGAGGCAGUCUGGAGGGUAAAGACAGUCAGAAAUGAAGCAGUCAAGGAACUUGGAGACCUUCUGCAUCUCUAACCCUGAAGGCCUUAAUUUAUUGCAGCUUUGUUCAACAGUGAUGACCCUUGGACUUAAGGAAAUGGCUCUUAACGUGGUAAACUCAAAAACUUCCUUGUGUGGAACGUGGUACGACUAAAUCAGGGUUCAGAAUUUAUUAUUGAAUUGAAAGAUUCUUCCACCUUGAUCAAUGAAAGCAAAUAAACAAAUAACCAUGAAAAUUACAUAAUAGCUUAGCCAUGGAGAAGCAUGGUAUUAGGUAGGAUUUAGGAUAUAAUGGUUUAGAAAAAUGCGUUAACUUGUAUCUAAAAUCUUUAGAAUUAACUUGAAUUUUUAAGAAAUAUAAGGGAUUUCUUAAAAAGAUAUUUAGAGGUAAAUAACACUGUGAACAAAGAGAUAAAUUGGGUGUGGGACAUUAUACAACUUUGCUGUUGAAAGUUUGGUCUAUGGACCCCAGCAAUGGGUUCCUGCUGGGAGCUUUUUAGACAGGCAGACUCUCAGGUCCUGUGCUAGACUUGAAUCAAAAUCCACAUUUUAACAAGAUCUCCAGUUUGACUGAUGCACAAUUCUGAUCUCUUAAAAAGCCAGUGCCUUAGAAAAGUAAGACACUAUCAGUUUUCCAUUUCUUAUGGGAAGAACAUUUGUAGACUAAAAGAUACUAACUGACAUAACCAAUACAAAAUGCAAACCUUGAUUGACUCCUUAUUCAGAAAACCAGUAUAGAAGACACUUUGGGACAGCUGAAGAAAUUAGAAUAUGAUACAAUAUGAGAUGAUAUUAAGGAGUUACUGUUAAUUUUCUUAGAAGUGAUAAUGAUGUGAUUGUAUAGGAGAAUCUCCUUGAGGGAUAUAUGCUCUCUGCAACUUACUUUUAAAUAGUUCAACAAAAACAAACAUACUAACAUACAUGUGUAGAUAUGUCUAUAUACACAUUGAUAUUUAGCUAAAACAAACAUGGCAAAAUGCUUUAGAUGUGGAAUCUAGAUAGUAUAUGGGUGUUCAUUAUACAGUUCUUUUAACUUUUGUGGCAGUUUAAAAUUUUUCAUAAUAAAAAAGUGGAGAAAAAACUCACAAAAAAAAUGCAAGAGCUUUUUAAGAUAAAAAUGUAUUUCUCUUCUCCGUAGUCCAGUGCUGGGUUGUACAGUGCAGGUAGGGUGGCUCUAGUGUGCUUGGUACUUGGCUUUCAUCCGUGGCCCAUUGUGGCUUCUCCAGCUCCUUCUGUCUCCUAGGCUGGCGAAACGGAAGAAAGGGCAAGGGGAGCGCAGGAACCAGAAGCAGCAUAAAGUUUAGGUUUUUUUUUAAUUCACCUGGACGUCAUACAUGUAGGGAACCGCUGAUAAAAGUCAAUUGUAAUGUGUCAUUUGUAUAUUGGUUUAAUAAAGAUUUCUUUGGUUUCAGCUGGUAUUCCCUUUUCCUCUGUUAAUUUACUAGGCCCAUUAAACUUGAAGUCAUUUCCAUUCUAAUAUGCAUUAAGUGAAAUACAUAAAAUUUUGAUUUUGACGAUUAAUGUGUAUUCCCCCCGCAAUCUUUUCAGUAAAUAACAGAUGCGGGUGAAAGAGCCAUCCAAAGCUUUACCCGAGAAAGCCAAAAGAAGUAAAAGGCCUACUAUACCUCAUGAUGAAGACUCUUCAGAUGACGUUGCUGGUUUCACUUGCCAACAUGUAAGUCAUGCUAUCAGUGUGAAUCAUGUGAAAAGAGCAAUAGCUGAGAAUCCGUGGUCAGUUUGCUUGGAAUGUUUAAAAGAAAGAAAAUUCUGUGAUGGACAGCCAGUACUUCUUUCUGAUAUUUGGUUGUGCCUCAAGUGUGGUUUUCAGGGAUGUGGUAAAAACUCAGAAAGUCAGCAUUCACUGAAGCACUUUAAGAAUUGGAGAGCAGAGCUUCAUUGUAUUGUAAUUAAUCUGAGCACAUGGAUCAUAUGGUGUUAUGAGUGUGAUGAAAAAUUAUCAACACAUUGUAAUAAGAAGGUUUUGGCUCAGAUAGUUGAUUAUCUCCAGAAACAUGUUUCUAAAACACAAACGGAUGCAUUUUCUGGAAUCAUAAAACUUUGUGAAGAAAAAUGUGAAACAGGUGAAAAAAAUAAGGGAAGAAAAGGCAGCAGUGUAACAUCUGUAAAAGGAAUUACGAAUUUAGGAAAUACUUGUUUUUUUAAUGCAGUCAUACAGAAUUUGGCACAGUCUUACAUUCUUACUGAAUUGAUGGAUGAGAUCAAAGAACAUGGUACAAAACUCAAGAUUGUUCCUUCCUCAGACUCUCAACUGGACCCAUUAGUGGUGGAACUUUCAAGCCCUGGACCAUUGACCUCAGCCUUGUUCCUGUUUCUUCACAGCAUGAAGGAGACUGAAAGAGGACCGCUUUCUCCUAAAGUUCUUUUUAAUCAGCUUUGUCAGAAGGCCCCUGGAUUUAAAAGUUUUCAACAACAGGACAGUCAGGAGCUUCUUCAUUAUCUGCUGGAUGCAGUGAGGACAGAAGAAACAAAGCGAAUACAAGCUGGCAUUCUAAAAGCAUUUAACAACCCAACUACUAAAACUGCUGAUGAUGAAACUAGAAGAAAAGUCAAAGCAUAUGGAAGAGAAGGUGUGAAAAUGAACUUCAUAGAUCGUAUCUUUAUUGGUGAAUUAACUAGCACGGUCAUGUGUGAAGAAUGUGCAAAUAUCUCCACGGUGAAAGAUCCUUUUAUUGAUAUUUCACUUCCUAUAAUAGAAGAAAGGGCUUCAAAACCUGUACUUUUGGGAAGAAUGAGUAAAUAUAGAAGUUUACAGGACACAGAUAAUGGUCAAUACAAUGGCACUGUUGCUACAGAAAAUACUCAUCAACCUAGAGCCACCAAGAAGCAUUCUUCAUCUAAAGAUAAGAAUCAACUAAUUCAUAGCAGAAAACGUACAAGAAAAUUGUCGUGUGGAGAAGAUAAAGCUGUUGUCAUAUACCAGGAAAAUGAAAACCCUGAAAUGAAUAGAGACUCUUCAUUGUUUGCAAGCAUCAUGAAGACUGAGUCAGCUCUGACUGAAAGCCCUGCCGACGGCAGUGAAAAAGAAGCCAGCCUUUCUGAGAGCAGCGCAGAUGCUGACAGCGAGGCUUCAGAGUCUGAGAGUGCUCCCAGGCAGACCUUGUUGUUGAGAUCCAGCAGUGGGUACUGUGUGCACACAAAUGGACACCUUCGCCAUCCAUCACAGAGUGAACCAUUCACCAAGGAGAGUGACAGCGGUGAUGAGGGAGUGGCGGAAGCUAUUUCCGAACUUCAUUUGAGCAGGACUGUAACUGGAGAAAGGGAUUCUGACAGGGAAAAUCAGCCACUAAACGUUUCCAAUAAUUUGUGUUUUUCAGAGGACAAGCACACGGUUUCUCACAGCCCCCAAAGUGCUUUUCAGACCCUUUCUGAGAGCUAUAUAACCACUUCUAAAGAAUGUUCAGUUCAGUCCUGUCUCUGUCAGUUUACAUCUUUGGAAUUACUAAUGGGGAAUAACAGGCUUCUGUGUGAGAACUGUACCGAAAAGAAACAGAAGUACCCAAAGGAAACCAGUUCUGCAGAAAAGAAAGCAGAAGGGGUUUAUACUAAUGCCAGGAAGCAAUUGCUCGUUUCUGCUGUUCCAGCUAUCCUAAUUCUCCAUCUUAAAAGAUUUCAUCAGGCUGGCUUGAGUCUUCGCAAAGUGAACAGACAUGUAGAUUUUCCACUUAUGCUUGACUUAGCACCAUUCUGUUCUGCUACUUGUAAGAAUGUAAAUGUGGGAGAGAAAGUUCUCUACGGUCUCUAUGGCGUAGUGGAGCAUAGUGGUUCCAUGAGAGGAGGCCACUACACCGCUUACGUGAAAGUGAGAACACCCUCUAGGAAAUUACUGGAACAUAUCACUGGGAAGAAAAAUGUGCCUGGUUUGAAAGAGCCUGCUAGUGAAUCAGCAGGCCAGUGGGUCCAUGUCAGUGACACUUACGUGCAGGUGGUUCCGGAAUCAAGAGCACUUAGUGCACAAGCGUACCUUCUUUUUUAUGAAAGAAUAUUAUAAUUAUUUGUUAAUUAUUAAUAGUAAUGAUUAUUUAGAUCACUUUUAUUUAAAUGCUGCAGAGAUAACCACAACAUGCAAUGUGCCUUUGUAGUCUUUUCUGUAGGAAUAGCAUGUCCCUCAAAUGAGCCUGAACAUUUUUACCAUUUUGGUGAAUCCUUUUAAAGUAAAUUAAGUUUACUAAAUAAAUGCUUUCAAAACUAUAGUCUUAAAAUAAAUAUAAACACAUGUUUUUAAAAACAUAUUUGUCCUGGGAAAAAAAACAA